CAUCGUGGAAAGAGGUAAUUGCAUCGAGGGAGUGAGGAGUGCGCUAGAGACGGAGGAUUACGAGUCCGCAGCAAAGUACGUGCAGACUUUCUUACAGAUCGGUGGCAAGUUUAAGGAUUCUGGAUCUGAACAAAGAGAACAGUUGCUUACUUCGAAGAAGCAACUGGAAGGGAUUGUCAAAAAGAAGUUGCUGGCAGCUGUGGAUCAGAGGGAUCAUCCUACUAUUUUGAGGUUUAUUCGGCUCUAUUCGCCAUUGGGCAUGGAGGAGGAGGGAUUGCAGGUUUAUGUUGGGUAUUUGAAGAAGGUGAUUGGGAUGAGGUCAAGGCUUGAGUACGAGCAUUUAGUGGAGUUAAUGGAGCAGGUGUCCAUGAACAGAAUCAGGUGAAUUUUGUUGGAUGUUUGACGAAUUUGUUUAAGGAUAUUGUUGGCUAUUGAGGAGAAUGAUGAGAUUUUGAGGGGUCUCUGUGGUGACGAUGGGAUUGUUUAUUCCAUUUGUGAAUUGCAAGAGGAGUGUGAUUCAAGGGGUUCUCUGAUCUUGAAGAAGUAUAUGGAGUAUAGAAGAUUGGCCAGGUUAGCCUCUGAGAUCAAUGCCCAAAACAAGAAUUUGCUGGCUGUGGGUACACAAGAAGGACCAGACCCAAGGGAGGUUGAGUUAUAUUUGGAGGAAAUUUUGUCACUGAUGCAAUUGGGUGACGAUUAUACAGAGUAUAUGGUGUCAAAGAUCAAGGGAUUGAGUUCUGUGGAUCCAGAGUUAGUACCAAGAGCAACAAAAGCUUUUAGGAGUGGAAGCUUUAGCAAAGUUGUUCAAGAUAUUACUGGGUUUUAUGUGAUUUUAGAGGGUUUCUUUAUGGUGGAAAAUGUGAGGAAAGCAACAAUGAUCGAUGAGCAUGUUCCUGAUAGCCUCACUACUUCAAUGUUCUGUGGUUGCAGUCUUAAGUGGUGCCAUAGUUUGUUGAAUAAUGAAUACCACGAUUCUUUGCAACAGAAGAUGAGAGAACCAAACCUUGGUGCAAAGUUGUUUUUGGGUUGUGUUGGCGUGCAGAAGACUGGGACAGAGAUUGCUACGGCAUUGAAUAACAUGGAUGUGGGCAGUGAGUAUGUCCUGAAACUAAAACAUGAAAUUGAAGAGCCGUGUGCUGAGGUGUUUCCUGCACCAGCUGAAAGGGAGAGGGUGAAGUCUUGUUUGUCUGAGUUGGGUGAUUUGAGCAACACUUUCAAGCAAGCCCUGAAUGCUGGUUUAGAACAACUAGUGGCCACUGUGACACCUCAAAUACGUCCAGUGCUAGACGGUGUAGCUACUAUCAGUUAUGAGCUAUCUGAGGCAGAGUAUGCAGAUAAUGAAGUUAAUGAUCCAUGGGUUCAGAGGCUUCUCCAUGCUGUUGAGACAAAUGCAGCUUGGCUCCAGCCCUCAAUGACUGCCAACAACUAUGACUUGUUUGUACACUUGAUCAUCAACUUUAUUGCGAAGAGGCUCGAAGUGAUUAUGAUGCAGAAAAGGUUUAGUCAACUUGGAGGGCUUCAGCUUGACAGAGACACGAGUUCUGGUAAGUCAUUUCUCUGGCAUGACUCAGAGGACUGUUAGGGACAAAUUUGCCCGUCUUACUCAGAUGGCAACCAUCCUCAAUUUGGAAAAGGUUUCUGAGAUUCUGGAUUUCUGGGGUGAGAACUCAGGACCUAUGACCUGGAGAUUAACCCCUGCAGAGGUUAGGAGAGUAUUAGGCUUAAGGGUUGAUUUCAAACCUGAAGCAAUUGCCGCAUUGAAGUUGUAAUCCUACCGUUUUUCAGUAUUCUUUAUUUUUUUUUCUCUCCCUAUCAUAAGAGUUGGAGCCAAAGAUUCUACCCAUAUAGCCAAUGCUCCACUUCCUCUUCUUAUUUUUUUAUUUUUAUGUGAGUUAAUGUCCAGUUCGGCAUAGCCAAUGUAAGCUCUUACUGUAAUAUUCUUUCGUCGCUCUGUCCUAUAGUUACAUGAUUACUUACAAGAUAGAAAAUUACUUCUGCAGAUACAUGAGUUGUUUGAUCUCUUAUAAUCUACAGAAUCAAGCCUGGAUUUUGUA